UAUUAUUAAAAAAAAAAAGAAAAUCUUAAACAUCGAGGAUUCUUUACACUUUUUUUUUUUUUUUCAAUUUUGUUAUGUGUCAGCAUAAACAUAAAAAACGAAUAACAGAAUCAUUUUCCUUUCACCUGUUUCUUAAUUUCUCUUUCUUGAAUAAUCUGAACUUUUUGGUCUUAGCUAAACAAACUCCUGUAUCUUAUCCUGAAGCACCAAAUGCUGCCUGAUCCCCCUUUAAAGGAGGAGGGUUUAGGAUCAGACAGCCACAAAUUUCUACAACUUUAAGGUUUCUUCCACCAUUUAUCCCAAAAUAAUCCUCAUAACAUCUAAUUUAAAUUCUCUAGGUGCCGCCUCUUACCCUUGUACCACUUCUCUGUGAUCUGAAAGCCAGAGAAAGAAAAUGGAGAAACCUUGUUUGCACAUUGCAAUGUACCCAUGGUUUGCUCUUGGCCACCUUACCCCAUUCCUACAUGUCUCCAACAAACUAGCCAAACUAGGUCACAGAAUCUCCUUCUUCAUUCCAACAAAAACACAACCCAAAUUACAGUCUUUCAAUGGCUUCCCUGAUCUCAUCAGCUUCGUCCCCAUCACAGUCCCACACGUCGAUGGCCUACCUCCGGGAGCCGAAACCACUUUGGAUGUCCCUUUCCCCUUACACCCUCUUAUCAUGACCGCCAUGGAUCGCACUGAACCCGACAUCGAACGCCAUCUUCGUGAUCUUAAACCCGAUAUCGUCUUCUUCGAUUUUACCUAUUGGAUUCCCAAGCUGACUCGAAGUUUAGGCAUUAAAUCAUUGCACUAUUGCAUAAUCAGUCCAGUAACCAUAGGUUAUACUUUAUCUCCAAGCAGGCAGUUCAGUGGAGAAAAAGUAAGCGAGGCUGAUCUCAUGGUUCCUCCACCGGGAUACCCUGAUUCAUCUAUCAAGCUUCGUCUCCAUGAAGCUCGAGCAUUCGCGGCGAAAAGGGAUUCAACUUUUGGCAGCGGCUUGGGUUUCUAUGAACGCCAAUAUAUCAGCCUGCGUGAUGCUGAUGCUCUAGGAUACAGGACAUGUAGAGAGAUUGAAGGACAGUACAUAGACUAUCUAGAAAGAGAGUUCAAGAAGCCUGUUCUUCUUUCGGGACCGGCCAUUCCCGAACCACCAACCUCCGCUUUGGAAGAGCGGUGGGCUGAAUGGCUAGGCGGGUUCAAGACUGGCUCCGUGGUUUACUGUGCCUUUGGAAGCGAAUGCACAUUAAAGAAGGAACAAUUCCAAGAACUGGUUUUGGGUUUCGAGCUUUCGGGCUUGCCAUUUUUGGCCGCGCUUAAACCGCCUUUCGGUUGCCAGUCGAUCGAAGAAGGAUUGCCUGAUGGGUUUGAAGAGAGGGUUAAGGAAAGAGGUGUUGUUCAUGGUGGAUGGGUACAGCAACAACUCAUCUUGGAGCAUCCAUCAGUCGGAUGCUUCAUUACGCAUUGCGGGUCGGGUUCAUUAUCGGAGGCAUUGGUGAAUAAAUGUCAACUGGUUCUGCUCCCACAUGUGGGUGAUCAAAUCUUUAACGCAAGGAUGAUGGCCAACAAUUUGAAAGUUGGAGUUGAAGUGGAAAAAGGUGAGGAAGAUGGGUUGUUCACGAGAGAUGGGGUGUGCAAGGCGCUGAAGUCAGUGAUGGAUGAGAACAGUGAGGUUGGAAAAGAGGUGCUAGAUAAUCAUGAAAAGAUAAGACAGUUAUUGCUACAGAAAGAUCUGGAACCAUCUUAUAUUGACAAUUUCACUAAGAUGCUUCAAUCAUUAAAGGGCUAAACUGAAAGUGAGGAAUCAAUUGAAAGUUUUUCCAGUGCUGCAAUAAGCCCCAUUUGGAUUCAGUAGGCAUGUCUCUUGAUAAGGCCGUAAGAGGGGUCUACGCCCUUUUUUUUUUUUUUUUUUUUUUUUCUCCCUCUCUCUCUCUCUCUCUCUCUCUCUCUCUCUCUCUCUCUCUCUCUCUUAAGUUUGCAGUGAUGCUCUCCUUCUUCUAGGUUUGUUUUGUUGUAUGUAAUUUUUUUUUUUAAAUUUUAAUUUUAUAUGUUUUUAAUUU